UCUCUCCCGCAGGGGCUGCGGCCGGGACCUGCUCCCCGGGGCGCUGGGGAGCCUCCCCGCUCCGGGCGGGCGCCGCGAGAGCCGAGGCCAUGGACGAGCAGAGCGUGGAGAGCAUUGCUGAGGUGUUCCGAUGUUUUAUUUGUAUGGAAAAGUUGCGUGAUGCACGUCUGUGUCCACAUUGCUCCAAGCUAUGUUGUUUCAGUUGCAUUCGGCGUUGGCUGACUGAACAAAGAGCUCAGUGCCCUCACUGUCGAGCCCCACUCCAGCUACGGGAACUUGUAAACUGUCGUUGGGCAGAAGAGGUUACGCAGCAGCUUGACACACUUCAGCUAUGCAAUCUCACUAAGCAUGAAGAAAAUGAAAAAGACAAGUGUGAAAACCAUCAUGAAAAACUCAGUGUAUUCUGCUGGACAUGUAAGAAAUGUAUCUGUCACCAGUGUGCUCUCUGGGGAGGAAUGCAUGGAGGACAUACUUUUAAGCCACUAGCUGAAAUUUAUGAGCAACAUGUCACAAAAGUGAAUGAGGAGGUAGCAAAACUUCGGAGGAGACUUAUGGAGUUGAUCAGUCUAGUGCAAGAAGUGGAGAGGAAUGUAGAGGCAGUGCGCAGCGCAAAGGAUGAACGAGUUCGGGAAAUUAGGAAUGCAGUGGAGAUGAUGAUUGCCCGAUUAGACACUCAACUGAAGAACAAGCUUAUAACACUAAUGGGUCAGAAGACAUCACUCACCCAAGAAACUGAACUUCUGGAGUCUCUGCUACAGGAAGUAGAACACCAGCUACGAUCAUGCAGUAAGAGUGAGUUGAUAUCUAAAAGCUCGGAGAUUCUGAUGAUGUUUCAGCAGGUUCACCGGAAGCCUAUGGCAUCCUUCGUCACUACUCCUGUCCCUCCAGACUUCACAAGCGAAUUAGUACCAGCCUAUGACUCAACCACCUUUGUCUUGGAAAACUUCAGCACUUUGCGCCAGAGGGCAGAUCCUGUGUACAGUCCACCUCUUCAAGUGUCAGGGCUUUGCUGGCGACUAAAGGUUUAUCCAGAUGGAAAUGGAGUUGUACGUGGUUACUACUUGUCUGUGUUUCUAGAGCUCUCAGCUGGAUUGCCAGAAACAUCUAAGUAUGAGUACCGUGUGGAGAUGGUUCACCAGUCCACCAAUGAUCCUGCUAAAAAUAUAAUUCGAGAGUUUGCCUCUGACUUUGAAGUUGGAGAAUGCUGGGGUUAUAACAGAUUCUUUCGAUUGGACUUGCUUGCCAAUGAAGGGUAUUUGAAUAGACAAAAUGACACUGUAAUUCUUAGGUUCCAGGUGCGUUCACCUACCUUCUUCCAAAAGUGCCGGGACCAACACUGGUACAUUACUCAGUUGGAAGCUGCUCAGACAAGCUACAUCCAACAAAUAAACAACCUUAAAGAGAGACUUGCAAUUGAGCUUUCCCGUACCCAAAAAUCACGAGGCAUGUCGCCUCCAGACACUCAUCUUAGCCCCCAGAAUGAUGAUGGUCCAGAAACAAGACCAAAGAAAUCUGGACCGAAUCCUGAAGUACUACUUGAGAGUGUCACCACUCCAGCAUUAACAAGAGAUGCUAAGGAUGACGAAGAGGAGAAAAUCCGGCAUGAAGAUUUUAAUUAUGAGCUCUCGGAUGGUGAUCUGGAUGUAGACCUUGCUGGAGAAGAUGAGGUAAACCACCUAGAUGGCAGCAGCUCCUCUGCUAGUUCAACAGCUACUAGUAACACUGAAGAGAAUGAUAUUGAUGAAGAGACUAUGUCUGGAGAAAAUGAUGUGGAAUAUAAUAGUAAUAUGGAGCUAGAAGAAGGAGAUCUCCAGGACGAUGCUGCUGCUGCUGCUGGAGCAUCAGGUAGUAGCCAUGGCUAUGCCAAUGCAUGUGGCAGAUCUUCAAGGCGGGGAGGAAGUACUUUAGGCUCAGCAGCCAGCAGCAGUUUACUAGACAUAGAUCCCUUAAUUUUAAUGCAUUUAUUGGACCUAAAAGACAGGAAUGGGAUGGAAAAUCUGUGGGGUCUACAGCCACGUCCUCCUGCCUCACUUCUGCAGAACAGAGCAUCAUUGUACUCUCUAAAAGACCGAGACCAGCGGAGGCACCAGGCAAUGUGGCGUGUGCCACCUGACUUAAAGAUGCUGAAGAGACUCAAAACUCAGAUGGCUGAAGUUCGAAGCAAAAUGUCUGAUGUAAAAAACCAGCUGUCAGAAGUAAGAAGCAGCAAUGGCUCUUGUGAGGGGCAACCCAGCUUUCUCCCUGGUGAUCAGGGGCCUUUGGCUGCCUGUGGAACAGAAAGCUGCAGCAAGUUACAAGAAAUAGGAAUGGAGUUGCUGACAAAAUCAUCAAUUACAAGCUGUUACAUAAAGAGUUUCACGAGUAAGAAAAGUAAUUCACCCAAAGCUACUCGUUCUGGAGCAGCAGGGAGCCUGUCUCUUCGAAGAGCAAUGGACUGUGGGGACAAUAAUCUUCGCUCAAAGGGAGACUGUCAGACUUCUUCUGAAGGAUGCAUAGGAAGCUCAAAGUCUGGCAGUAGGCAUGGCUCUCCCAGGUCCCUGACUAAUAGUAAUGCUCCUGAUGUACUGCCUAAGCCAGAGGAAAGGGAAUGCGAAGGCUCAGAUUCUGAUGUGGGCAUUUCUGCUUUAAAUGGCUUAACAACUAUGGAGAAGACAAGAAAAGCUGUUGCUCUGGGGUCAAAUUCUAAAGGAUGUCAUAUAGAAGGAACACAACUAACUGAUCAAGAGAACCACUUGGAAACUGGGGAGCUACAGGCCAUUCUCUCUGAAGGCACCUCAGCAGAGGCAGAGGAAGGUCUGCUCGAAGAUGACAGUGCCUAGAAUUUCACAAUACGUCAAAGAAGCUGUUUUGUGCCAUUUUAAGAGUCCAGUCAACUCUUGGGCAAAGCAGUUGGAAGAGCACCUGGAAUUGCUGUUUUCUCAGAACCAUUUGCAUUAAGUCUUGUGAUAAGAUCUUUUGAAAUAAAGGGGUUUGGGCAGGGGGAGAAAUUUAUAUGAAGAGUUUUGGAAAUCUUACUACUCGUUUAGUUGACUUGGGGUGUAUGGGCAAGGAGUGGAACAUCUUUGCUUUGGGGGACUGUACUGCAAAACCAUUGGCAUCUUGUUAGUCAUCAGUGCCACUCAGUCCAUCAGCUGUUAGCCAGCACAAAGCUAACCAAUCCAAACACCAUAAAACCUGUGUACUUUCCUCCUGUUUUGGUUAGUUUUCAACCACUAAUCAUUAAGGCUACAUUUUAGUCACAGGUAUUUUUAGUAAAAGUCAUGGACAGGUCAUGGGCAGUAAACAAAAAUUCAUGGUCCGUGAUCUGUCCAUGACUUGUACUAUAUACCCCUGACUAAAACUUGGGCUGGCCAGGGUGCUGUUGGUGUGCAGCCCAGGACCCUUGCAAGGGGAGAGGGGCUGGGCAGCUCAGGACCAGUGCUGGAGGAGGGAGGCUGGGCGGUGGCAUGUGGCUCAGGACUCCUGCUGAUGUUGGGGUGGGAGGGUUGGUGGGUCUAGUAGGCUCCCUACUUGUUUCCGCACAGCUCCCCAAAAGCAGGUGGCGUGUCCCUGCAGCUCCCAAUCCCCUGCCUCAGCCCUGAGCUCCCUCCCACACCCAAACUGCCCCAGCAAUGGCUGGUGCGACUGGCCUAGGGGCUGCCUGAUCUGCUCGGGCAGCCCCGGAGCCAGCUGCUGCAGAAGUCACAGGUCACGGAAUCCAUGAUUUCUGUGACAGACAUGGAGCCUUACUAAUUAGUUUCAAGUAGUGGCAAGACAAGGGGCUGUCUUCAUUUGAGAGAAAUAGGAUGAGAUAUAUUUGGAGGAAAAUCAUGUCAUGUGUUUGUGACCUCUGAAUAGGAAAGUUAACCUGAUUGAAAUGUGUUGCUGCUUGGAGGAGUUGGCCUAUAAGUCUGCUUAAAAGGCCAUGACAUGUCUUAAAACUAGUAAAAAAUAUUUGGACUUCAGUUCAUUUACAGUGGUCCACUGAAGCAUUGGUAAGAAUGGGCUGGCUGCCAGCUGAGGAAAGCCACUAAAACAGAAAGGAAAUGCAGUUAUACAAGUUCACACUUACACCAUUCAGUUGGAUUUUUAUAGGGUUGCUUCUUUAAGUCUCCAUUGAGUAAGAUAACCAGACAGAACAUUUUAAAAACUGUUCCCCAAGCAUGUUCUGCUAUUGAUCCCUUAGUGCUUUGGUAAAUAAGUUUACACACUGCUCACUUUAUCUUGUUCUCCUGCCAAGCCUGAGAAUUUGAUGUCGGUGCAUCUUGGGAAAGAAAGGAAGCUGAGAACUUUGUGGCUACAGGAAUUUCAUUGCAGCAGGUUCUCCUUUGCUCU